AUGCUUUUAAGAGCGGCCAGACCAGUAUUCGUUGCCUUGGAUGCAAUAAGAAAUUGCAGUUCACGUGGAAGACCUCUAAAAAGAAACUGUAGCUUCAUCAUCUUGUUGUGUCGUCGAGAAUUUUCUGCAACAAGGGGAGUUUGUCAAUCGAAUAUGGAAAGCCCUUCUAAAGCUCCUGCCCUCGUGGCAGUUUGUCAGAUGAACUCAACCAACGACGUGGAUCGAAAUCUGGGGAUUUGUGAGGAUCUUGUGCGGAAAGCUAAGUCAAGAGGAGCUAAGGUUAGAUUCCUAUGUUCGCACAUGAGGAAGGCCAUUUUGUAUUCAAUUCUUAGACCCAUAAUUCAACCUUUGCAGUCACCCAUGCGCCCCCCCCCCCACCCCUCCAUUUCCUUAAAAAAAGGCAAUCCCAUCUUUUUGCUCGCGAACGUUGAGGCCAUCUGCACGAAAGAGGCAUAAAAUGCCAACUUUUGCAUACAUGACUCUUGGUUUUUCUUUUGGUGCUUUUGCACUAGUGACACGCACCUUACCCUCCCCUCCCCCCACUAUCCAUCUCACUAGAGUAUUUUGAGAGGGAUGUUAUUCCUUUACAUGCCAUCAGCCACCAUUUUCCAAGGUUCACAACAGAUUACAUUAUGUUAAACCUAUUUAAAAACAGCUUUAAUUUAUUUUAUAGCUCUUUUAAUUCAGCACUGCUUGUGAGAUCAUCAUCAUCAUCAUCAUCAUCAUCAUCGUCAUCGUCAUUGUCAUCAUCAUCAUCAUCAUCAUCAUCAUACUAUUAUUAUUAUUAUCAUUAUUUGGGUGGAUAUUGGGUGAUUUUAAGGUAAUCCUUAAUAGGGACAAUAUCAGGAUCAUGAAAAACAUAUAUCAUACAUCAUCCUUUGCAGGUUGUUUUUCUCCCUGAAUGCUUUGACUAUGUAGGUGAAAACCGUGAACAAACACUUUCCAUGGCUGCUCCAUUGGAAAGUACAAGAAUGCAAGGCAUGCGUGACUUAGCUAAGGAACUCGGAGUGUGGCUGUCUCUGGGAGGAUAUCACGAAAAGGUUUCCCUUAAUUUGUUCUUUGUCCUCUUAGUCUUAGUACAAUGGAGGUCAAAAGUGUUGGAACCUUUCCAGUGAGAUAAGACAAACUAGCAACCCCUCCCCUCCCACCCCAAGCAAUUUUGAAUUUUGGAUGAAGGGAUGAACAGAGUCAGAGUCCUAUGUAACAUUAACUUGGGUUUUUUUCGCACAUUCCCAAAUUCCUUUGGUCUCCAUGGAGAUUUCAAGGAUAGGAUAGUUGAUGAGCUCAAGAUAAUGGGCAAACCCCCUUUUAUAUUUAUUAGCUUUUAAUUUAGAAGCUAGCCGAACUUAGCCAUGGAGACAUGCAUUGCCAAGCAUUUAACUCCACAAACUCUGGAUCUGGAGGUGCGGGGUUCAAGUCUCGCCCGUCGUAUUGUUUCCUUAGACAAGGAACUCUACUCCACUUUGCCUCCCGUCCCUCAGGUGUAUGACAUACAUGUAUUGCUGGGGGGUAACACUGCAAUGGACUAGCAUCCCAUCCAGGGGGGAGUAGAAAUACUCCUACAGUCGGCGACAAAAUGAGUUGAGACACUUCACCCAAAAGUAGGCUUUUUUACAUUUUAUGAACUUCAAAAGGAGGAAAUAUAGCUUUCCUCCCCCAUCCCCUCCGUGCAAUGUUGGGCCCUUGUUCUAGCUACCUAUAGAAAACAACAAACACCCCAACUUUGAAUGGAGGGGACAGGGGAGGGGUGUGGAUUCUUUUGUUCUCCGAAGUCACCCUAUUUAAGUACAAUGUCUCAACAAUUUUGUUGCCAAUUGUAGGCAUGCUUCAUGGUAAUGAAACCAGGAUAAGCUCUGGCUGUUUAAGCCUUUGGCUCCUGUGCGUUUCUACCUUCACCUAACUUAGCCUGAUCUAAGAACUGUUUUAUCUAGUUUAGCAGUACAGGAUACCAAUACGUGUACUCCUCUACUUGGUAAAUACAUGAACAUGGAGAAAGUUGGGGUUAUGUAGAGUUUUUUGUUUUAGAAAAGAGGCAGAUCCAGAACAAUCAUAAGCAGGGGGGCUGUGAAGCCUUCGAUAGAUCCCUCCACACUCCUUACUUAAAAACUAAAGUUCAUAUUAUUACUGACUAAAGAAUCCUAGUUAAGACUCUGGAAGAAACUUUUAUAAUUUAAGAGAGUCUAAUUAAUGAAAAGCGACAAUGACUCCAGUCAAAUGGGGGCAGUGCCCCUAAUUGGUAAAUCCGCCCAUGGGAUCAAACAAUUUGAUAGUUCAGUAGAUCUACUUUCUCCUCCACAUUUCUAAGGCAAUGUGUAUAUAUAUGAUUAUGUCCAAAACUUUGUUAUUAAUGUCAAUACAUACAGGGCCCUGCGGAUGAUAAACGAGUGCACAAUUCGCAUGUGUUGGUUGAUGAUCAUGGUUCCAUAGCAGCUGUUUACCGCAAGAUUCACUUGUUUGAUAUUGAUGUUAAGGAUGGGCCUCAGCUCAAAGAGAGUGAUGGUACUAUUCCUGGUGACCAGAUAGUUCCUCCUGUCCCUACUCCUGUGGGAAAUGUUGGACUUGCUAUUGUAUCCUUGCUGGGUCAUGGGGGCAUAAAAUAACCAUUGACUAUGAGAAAAAUGUGCUUUGUGUCAUACAACUCGUCAACUAGCAUAAGGCCUUAUCACCCCUAUAGAAUAAUUAUUAUUGUUCAUGUGAGAUUUUCUUCAACUUUAAUGAAUUGCAAAAACUAUACAGCUUCCAUCUUGUUAUGCACGUGCACAGUGGGCCAUGUGUGAUGGAAAAAUGGGAAUGUCCCAGUUGAAAAAAUCUUUAGUUCAACUGUAGAUGCAUCUCUGUCUCUAUUGAAACUUCUUUCAGUGGGCUAAGCCCUUCCCCUGGGGGCAGGGGUACUCCCUGUAAUGGCCUAUAUGGGGAGGCUCCGCCCAAAAGGGGUACCUUUUUCAGGUUCCAGGUAUAUGAAAGGGUAGGGAUUUCACUUGUUAACGUAUGUGAAAGGGUAGAGAAGUCUGGCAUUUCAGUCUUAAAAAGCCUAAAAGGGCUAACAGAUGCAUAUUAUGGCUUUGAAAAAGUCAAGAAAACGUUGUAACCCAGUUCUGAUUUUGUGAUUAUUCACAUUUUUAAGACAUUGCAUUUAUAGCAUUUUAAUGGGAUCAAAGUUCUUAACUACGUAUGUGAAAAGGGUACCAAUUGUCAAUAGAAGGUAUGGUGGAACCUGGAUAUAACAAAGCUCUAUACUGUAUCUUAAUGAAGUCCUCAGUAUAACAAACAAUAUUAUGUGUCCCAGUAGUAGUAAAAUAUAUGGAAAACAACCUCGAUUUAACGAAGCCGUGUUGUAGCGAACAGAUCAUUCCAGCCCCUUGGCCCUUUAUUACAACGAGGUUCCACUUUAGACAAAAGGGGUACAUUUUCUGUCAAAAAUAGUAUAUGAAAGAGUAAGUUGGAUCUCGCAGUGGAGUCCCCCAUAUAAAACUUUUUUGAGUACCCCAUCUCCCUGGGCCCUUUCAUCAGAGAGGACACAUAAUAGUAAAUACAACACCCACUAUGCCAGGACACAAAUUAUUUAGUCUGCAUUUUGUAGAGUUAGGGGUAUGAUGUGACCCCCACAUGCCAGCUGUUGCCAUCCAGGCCCCAGUUGUUCAUAAGGUGGAAAAAGCUAUUCAGCGGAUAAAUCUCUACCCAGUGAAUAUUGCAAUUGGCUUCCCUAACACUAAUCUGCUGAACAGUGAUUUAUCUGAUUGAUUGCAGUAUCUAACAUUUGAACAAUAGGGGCCUUAAGAUGUGGCCAUUAUGUGGAGGUUUCAGUAACAGCGAAUUUCAUAGUCAGCAAUGUUGCGAGUGUCAAUCAUAUCUAGGUCUCAAGUGACAGGUCUGGCUGCAACACAGGGUAUCCAUGAAGGGGCUUUUCAAGAAUUGUGCUGGUUUACAGAGUGUAACAUUUUGCUCCAUGUAAGGGAAUCCGGAUUCUGGAAUCCGAGAAAUUUUUGCUUGUGGAAUCUGGAAUCUGGAAAUUUUUACUAGUGGAAUGCGGAAUCCUGGGCUUUGGAAUCCGACAUACAGCUCAAAGAAUCCGGAAUCCCACAAAAAAUAAUUGGUACCCGGAAUCCAAGUUCCACUGACAGAGAAUCCCGAAUCCAUGACGUGGAAUCCGGAAUCGAAGACUCCCUUGGAUUCCCUUACUUGGGGAAAACACUUUUUCUUUAUUUAUUGUCGCAUCCUUGACUUUCUUAAUGUGAUUUGUAAAGUGCUACGAUGUUCGUUUCCCAGAGUUGUCCACCAUCUUAGCACAACAGGGAGCCCACAUACUUACUUACCCAUCGGCAUUUACACAGAUUACUGGAUCAGCACAUUGGGAGGUUUGUUUUACUUGUGAACAUAGCAUUUUGUAGAUACAGGUGUGUGCUUGUUCAGAGGAUUUAGUGUCGUUUCGUACUACGACUCGUUUAGCAAGCGUCUUAAGUCGUUUCGCUAACGUGCUAGGUCAGUUCCCCAAUUUCUUUAACCUUAUCAAUGCCGUAAAGAACGAGUUAUACACACGUGUAUCGGACUUUUACGUAUCAUGGCUGAAAGAACGAGGUUUAUACAUGUAUGUGUUAUGCUCGUUUCGUUUCGUGAGCGAAACGAUUAAGACGUUAGCGAGCAUGAAAAGUUCAUGACAAAAUGAGCAGACCCAAAAAAGAGUUUUAGAUAAUGGUAUUCUUUUGAUUUCAAAAUAUUUGUUUCCAGGUUUUAUUAAGAAGUCGUGCCAUAGAAAACCAGUGUUAUGUGAUAGCUGCAGCACAAACAGGACAACAUAAUACCAAACGAAGAUCGUACGGCCAUGCUAUGGUAAGAAACACGCUUGUUUGUUGAAACAGUACGUAAGAGUAAAACAGGCGAUGCAGACAAGCAUGUAUCCUAGAAUAGCAUUUCAGAACCGUAAACCGCGGCUAAGUAUAGAGAUCUAUUGAGAGUUGUCCGAUAUACCCGCAUUGUAACAGUCCGUGUAAUCCAUGGAAAACUUAAUCUUCGCAUUUUGGGUGAUCGCUUAGGAGAAGUUCGCUUUUGAUCCUCGCAUUAACUAUGGGAUUAGAUUGCAAACGUAAUUGUAUCGCUAUACAAUUUUUGCGUCUCAAGCCGUCACAGUAACACAUCUUCAGAUUGUUUUUUGAUGUUUUUUGUUGUUAUCCAACUGUAGGUCGUGGAUCCAUGGGGCUGCAUGAUUGCUCAGUGCCGGGAGGGGAAUGAUGUGUGCGUUGCAGAAAUAGACCUGGAUUAUUUGAACAAAGUUCGACAACAGAUGCCUGUCAUGAAACACAAGAGAGACGAUCUGUAUGGAAAGUUGAAUUCCUCACCGAAACUCUGA